AUGAAGCUCCACGGGCUUUCAGAAUUGGUCCUCACGCUGACCCUGACAUCCCAGUGUCAGGCAGUCCUCGAUGGCAGCCGUUUCCUCUGGUACACAAGCCCAGCCCAAGAAUGGGAGCAAGGAGCCCUCCCAAUCGGUAAUGGCAGGCUCGGAGGCACAAUUUAUGGAGGCGCAGAUGAAGUCUUCACGCUCAACGAAAAUACAAUCUGGUCAGGACCGCUCCAGGACCGCGUGAGCGCCAAUGCCCUCGAGGCAUUACCCAUUGCCCGCGAGAUGUUGCUAGCUGGUAAUAUCUCCGCCGCUGGAGAUUAUAUCCAACGAGAAAUGAGUCCUCCAGAGAAGUCGGAGCGUGCGUUUAGCUAUUUCGGGAAUAUGGAUCUUGCGUUUGGUCAUUCGGGUCAGCUGGAGAAUUAUUUGCGGUGGUUGGAUACGAGGCAGGGAAAUGCGGGUGUCUCGUAUAUGUAUGGCGGUGUCAAUUACACCCGUGAAUAUAUUGCAAGCUUUCCAGCGGGUGUCCUCGCUGCACGGUUCACAGCUAGUAAACAGCACGCUUUGACCUUGAACGUGAGUUUCAGUCGACUGGAGAACAUCUCGGCCAACCUAGCUGCUAGUACCGGCUCUGUUCACUCGAUCAAUAUGACUGGUACCAGUGGACAGCCCGCUAGCCAAAAUCCUAUUUUAUUCACAGGCAAGGCUGUUUUUGUGGCUCCAGGAGCCACCUUUCAGGCAUUUGGCUCCUCACUGCUCAUAGCAAAUGCUACUGUCAUCGAUAUGUUCUUUGAUGCAGAGACCAACUACCGUUACUCUACUCAAGCAGAUCGCGAUGCUGAGAUCAGUCGUAAGCUUGGCAACGCUGUUAGCCAGGGUUAUGAUCGUGUCAAAAAAGAAGCACUUGAUGAUGCAUGUGCUCUCUUAGAACGUGCCUCUCUAGAUCUUGGCCAAUCUCCCGCCAACCUAACUUCGCUCCCAACGAAUGAGCGCGUCCUGAAUUCUCGGACGGACUUCAGCGACAUCGAGCUGACAACAUUGACUUGGAACUACGGACGUCACUUACUCGUUGCUUCCUCCCGAAACACCGGAGAAACAAUCGACAUGCCCGCCAACCUCCAGGGAACAUGGAACAACAAAACCACCGCAGCCUGGGGAGGCAAAUUCACCAUCAACAUCAACACUGAGAUGAACUACUGGCCCGCCGGCCAGACCAAUCUCAUCGAGACGCAAGAGCCGCUCUUCGAUCUCAUGAAAGUCGCCAAACCACGCGGCGAGUCAAUGGCGCAGCGAAUGUACGGCUGCAGCGGUACCGUCUUUCACCAUAACCUCGAUCUCUGGGGUGAUCCGGGACCAACGGAUAACUACACCUCGUCUACCAUGUGGCCAAUGGGCGCAGCUUGGCUUGUACAACAUAUGCUCGACCACUACCGCUUCACCGGCGACAAGACAUUCCUGGCUAAUACCGCAUACCCAUAUCUGGUCGACGUGGCCAAGUUCUAUGAAUGCUAUACAUUCAACUGGGAAGGCUACAGGAUAGCCGGACCAUCUCUCUCCCCCGAGAAUGCCUUCGUGGUGCCCGCGAACUUCAGCAUUGCCGGCAAGACGGGGGCUAUGGAUGUUGACAUCUCAAUGGACAAUCAGUUGAUGACCGACGUCUUCACCGGUCUGAUCGAGGCAGCCGCCGUACUAGGGAUAUCAGACACCGACCCGGAUUUGCAGGCCGCGAAAGCCUUCUUACCUCUCAUACGACCCCCGCAGAUCGGAUCUCUAGGCCAGAUCCUAGAAUGGAGAUACGAAUACCAGGAGAAAGCAAAAGGGCACCGACACCUAUCCCCCCUCUAUUCCCUCCACCCCGGCACGAAAUUCUCGCCCCUCAUCAACGCCACGCUCUCCAAAGCAGCAGGCGUUCUUCUGGACCGCCGACUGGCCGGCGGAUCCGGCAGCACAGGCUGGAGCCGAACGUGGUUCAUCAACCAGUACGCGCGCUUGUAUCGCGGUGCCGACGCCUGGGAGAUGGUGCGGGCUUGGUUCAAGACGUACCCGACUGGCAAUCUGUGGAAUACAGACAGCGGCAGCAAUUUCCAGAUCGAUGGCAAUUUCGGCUUCACGAGCGGGAUCACGGAGAUGUUGCUGCAGAGCCAUGCGGGUGUGGUGCAUCUCCUGCCGGCACUGCCGGGACAGGCGAUACCGAAUGGGAGUGUGAGGGGUUUGAAGGCGAGGGGGAACUUUGAAGUGGAUAUUGAGUGGGCGGAUGGGGGUUUUAAGAACGCGACUGUGGUUGCGGUGAUUGGGGGAGAGUUGAAAUUGAGGGUUGAGAAUGGGACGUCGUUCUCUGUUAAUGGAGAGCCGUAUUCGGGCGCUUUAGCAACAAGGAAAGGUGCGAAGUAUACUAUCGCCACUUGA